UUCUUCGUACCCGUUCGGCUUUCUCUGUGGUAACGGUCUUCUUCUUCCUUCUCAAACAAGAAACACAUCAUGGUGUUUAUCACAUCCCCAAACCAUAAAACCCUAGCCCUCAACAUUAACCCCAACACCACCACCCUCCAUGAUCUGAAGCUCGCUAUUCAUGGAAGUUCUGGCAUUCCCAUAUUCCUCCAGCGCCUCUUCUUGUCUCAAAGCUUCCGAUUGCACACCCACGACGAAGAAGAGUCUUCUCUCCUCUCUGAACUUGGGGUCGGAACCCAUUCAACCCUAACCCUUCAUGUUCCUUUCUAUGGUGGCACGAGCCAAACUCCCAGCAUUCUUCCUAAACCCCCGCGCCUUGAUUUCUUGAAUUCCAAGCCUCCUCCUAACUACGUAGCCGGGUUGGGUCGUGGUGCUACUGGGUUCACUACCCGAUCCGAUAUAGGUCCUGCACGAGCCGCCGCCCCGGACCUGCCUGAUAGGUCGUCGGCGACCACAAUUGGUCGCGGACGUGGGAAGCCCGGAGAGGAAGAAGAGGAAGAGGAUGAAGGGGGUAAUGAUAAAAGGUAUGAUGGGAAUCAGAAGUUUGAUGAGUUUGAAGGUAAUGACGUGGGAUUGUUCGCUUCUGCUGAGUAUGAUGAGGAAGAUAAAGAAGCUGAUGCUGUUUGGGACGGAAUUGAUAAGAGAAUGGAUUCCAGGAGGAAGGACCGGCGGGAAGCUAGGUUGAAGCAGGAGAUUGAGAAGUACCGUGAGUCUAACCCCAAGAUUACUGAGCAAUUUGCGGAUUUGAAGAGGAAGUUGUGUACUUUGUCUGCUCAAGAAUGGGAUAAUAUACCUGAAAUCGGUGAUUAUUCAUUUAGGAAAAAGAAGAAAAGGUUUGAGAGCUUUGUCCCAGUGCCUGAUACUCUAUUUGAGAAGGCGAGGCAGGAGCGGGAACAUGUUACUGCAUUGGACCCAAAGAGCAGGGCUGCUACUGCUGGUGGCACAGACACGCCCUGGUCUCAGACUCCGGUGGCCGACUUGACUGCGGUGGGCGAGGGGAGAGGUACGGUGUUGUCACUGAAAUUAGAUAGGCUUUCUGAUUCUGUUUCCGGAUUAACUGUUGUGGACCCAAAAGGGUAUCUUACUGAUCUUAAGAGUAUGAAUUUUAACAGCAACGCGGAGAUUUCGGAUAUAAAGAAGGCUAGAUUGUUGCUCAAGAGUGUUACUCAGACGAAUCCAAAGCACCCACCUGGCUGGAUUGCGGCCGCAAGAUUGGAGGAAGUAGCUGGGAAAACUCAGGCUGCAAGGCAAUUGAUUGAGAGAGGCUGCGAGGAGUGUCCCAAGAAUGAGGACGUGUGGUUGGAGGCUUGUAGGCUUGCUAGCCCAGAUGAAGCCAAGGCUGUGAUAGCUAAGGGUGUGAAGUGGAUACCCAAGUCGGUGCACCUAUGGAUGAAGGCUGCAGAGAUGGAGCAUGAUGUUGCAAGGAAGCACUUGGUUUUAAGGAAAGGGUUGGAACAUAUUCCUGAUUCUGUUAGGCUGUGGAAGGCGGUUGUGGAGCUGUCUAGUGAGGAAAAUGCGAGAUUGUUGCUUCGUAGGGCAGUGGAAUGUUGUCCUUUGCAUGUUGAAUUGUGGAUGGCACUUGUCAGGUUGGAAACAUAUGAAACUGCUAAAAAGGUUCUUAACGAUGCGAGGCGGAAGCUACCAAAGGAGCCUGCCAUAUGGAUCACUGCUGCAAAGCUGGAAGAAGCUAAUGGGAAUAGUGCCAUGGUUGGCAAAAUUAUUGAAAAGGGUAUAAGGGUUUUGCAAAGAGAAGGGUUGGUGAUUGAUAGAGAGGCGUGGAUGAAGGAUGCUGAGUCUGCUGAACGUGCCGUCUCUAUUGCAACUUGCCGAGAGAUUAUUAAUAAUACAAUUGGGAUUGGAGUGGAGGACGAAGAUAGGAAGAGAACUUGGGCUGCUGAUGCGGAGGAGUGCACGAAAAAUGGUUCCAUUGAGACAGCCAGAGCUAUUUAUGCUCAUGCGCUCACCGUGUUCCUAACUAAGAAGAGCAUAUGGCUCAAAGCAGCACAACUUGAAAAAAGCCAUGGGACCAGGGAGUCUCUUGAUGCUUUACUUCGUAAAGCUGUUACGUACCGGCCGCAGGCUGAAGUGUUGUGGCUUAUGGGUGCCAAGGAGAAGUGGCUUGCUGGGGAUGUGCCUGCUGCUCGUGCCAUCCUUCAAGAAGCUUAUGCUGCAAUUCCAAAUUCUGAGGAGAUUUGGCUUGCUGCAUUUAAGCUUGAGUUUGAGAACCAUGAAACUGAGAGAGCUAGAAUGCUUCUAUCUAAAGCGCGAGAAAGGGGUGGAACAGAAAGAGUUUGGAUGAAAUCAGCAAUUGUUGAGAGAGAAUUGGGGAACACUGAUGAGGAGAGAAGACUGCUUAAUGAAGGGCUGAAACGCUUCCCUUCAUUCUUUAAAUUGUGGCUGAUGCUUGGACAGCUUGAGGAGCGGCUUGGUCACUUGGAAAAAGCCAAGGAGGCUUACGACUGGGGUCUGAAGCAAUGCCCCGAUUGUAUACCCCUCUGGCUUUCUCUAGCAAAUCUUGAGGAGAAGGUGAAUUCACUGAGUAAAGCUCGUGCGGUUCUCACGAUGGCUCGAAAGAAGAAUCCUCAAAAUCCUGAACUGUGGCUUGCUGCAGUUCGAGCUGAAUUAAAGCAUGGCAAUAAGAAAGUAUCUGAUAUCUUGAUGGCAAAGGCCUUACAGGAGUGUCCUGAUAGUGGUAUAUUGUGGGCGGCAUCCAUUGAGCUGGCACCCCGUCCCCAACGUAAAACCAAGAGUAGUGAUGCCCUCAAGAAAUGUGACCAUGAUCCCCAUGUCAUUGCUGCUGUGGCCAAGUUGUUCUGGCAUGACAGGAAGGUGGGCAUAGCUAGGACUUGGCUCAACAGGGCAGUGAUGCUUGCGCCAGAUAUUGGUGAUUUCUGGGCUUUAUAUUACAAAUUUGAACUUCGGCAUGGAAGUGAAGAGAUUCAGAAUGAUGUUCUUAGAAGAUGUGUUGGUGCAACUCCAAAGUACGGUGAGAAAUGGCAAGCAAUAUCAAAGGCUGUGGAAAACUCCCACCAGCCAAUUGAAGUCAUCUUGAAGAAAGUUGUGGUGGCCCUCGGAAAGGAAGAAAGUGCAGCAGAAAAUAGCAAAAAAUAGUAAUUAGUUGAAUCAGAAAGUUGUACUUGCUUCUUAUGUGGUAAAAUUAUAGUGUUGAUGACUUUUUAUUUAUUUGUUAUUUCUCUUAAUUUUGGGCAGCUGCUUUAAUUUUAAUUUCAUCAGGCAGAAUAUUUGAACAUA